UACCACGCAUUCCGAGAGCGCAUUGCCGGAAGGAGUCUGCUACACGAGGUGCAGUGAGCGGAGAGGCUUCGAAUCUGAAUUGCCGGUGCUGUGGUCCACGCGAUGCCCAAGGCGAAGGGGAAGACCCGGAGGCAGAAGUUCGGUUAUAAUGUUAACCGGAAGCGUCUGAACCGGAACGCUAGACGAAAGGCCGCACCGCGGAUCGAGUGCUCCCACAUUCGACAUGCCUGGGACCACUCCAAAUCCGUGCGUCAGAACUUGGCGGAGAUGGGUCUGGCUAUGGACCCCAACAAGGCGGUGCCCCUCCGUAAGAGAAAGGUGAAGGCCAUGGAGGUGGACAUAAAGGAGGGACCUAAGGUGCUUGUGCGGAAGCCUUAUGUGCUAAAUGACCUGGAAGCAGAAGCCAGCCUCCCAGAAAAGAAAGAAAAUACUCUGUCUCGGGACCUCAUUGACUAUGUCCGAUACAUGGUGGAGAACCAUGGGGAGGAUUAUAAGGCUAUGGCACGAGAUGAGAAGAAUUACUAUCAAGAUACCCCCAAACAGAUUCGGAAUAAGAUCAACGUCUAUAAACGUUUUUACCCAGCAGAGUGGCAAACCUUCAUGGAUUCCUUGCAGAAGAAUAAGAUGGAGGUGGAGUGACUGGUUUCUACCUGCCCUGGUCUGAGGCCUCCUUUUGGACCUGUAAAGUUGGAGCCAGGGUUUAAGGCAACGAGUGUGGCCACAGCUGAGGCUGGCCAAACCCUAUGGAACCGAAAGAUACACACUUCCCUCUCUGGGAGUGAGCUGACUCCCACAGGCUCGUUUAUGUCCUGGGGACUCUGGGAAAUAUUGGACGCUGCCAUUUCAGGUAGAUGGUUUGUUUUGAAUACAGUCUGUACAUAAUAAAACAAGGCUCUUUUA